UUUGUGAGAAACUCUCUCUCUCUCUCUCUCUAAAAACUCAAAAACGAAAGCAAGUUCUGGAAGCUGAGUGCACUCGUCGCAACGUUUCUCUUUUGAAUCGUUUUGAAUUUCACUGUUUCCAUUUCCGACGUUGUUUAUAUAUCACCGAUCAUCGAUUAUUGUUAUAAUUUCGUGGUUGCGAUUCUUUUGUGUGCUGUGUGGUCCGUACGGUACGACGUCGUUUGGACGAAUUCAACGCCGUCGCGCUGGUACGAAGAAAUUUGUUUGAAGAUGGCGGCCGGAGUGGAGUUGCCGGAGGGGAGAGCCGGCGGUGGGGGCGGAAUUGCCAUGGAAUUUCCGGCCGGCGACGAGGAAUAUUUCUCGACGCCGCCGAGGUUGCCGAAGAGGCUCCGACGACGGCUUCUUGACGGCGAGUGCAAGUCCCCGAGCACGGUGGAGGAAAUCGAAGCCAAGCUCCGCGACGCUGAUCUUCGCAGACAGAAAGAGUUGAUGGGAUUCGUUUGCUACUUCGCAGUUGAUUAAUUGUUCUUCGACCAUCUUGCUUUGUCUUCAAGUUUGUGUCUAUGUUAGAAAUACUAUGAGAAACUCUCAAGCAAGGCACGUGCAAAGCCAAGAAGCCCCUCAAGGUGUUCAUCUCAGGAGGAUGAUCUUGGUCAGAGACUAGAAGCAAAGCUUCAGGCUGCUGAACAGAAGAGGAUGAGCAUCUUGACAAAGGCCCAGAUGCGCUUAGCAAGAUUGGAUGAAUUGCGUCAAGCAGCAAAAACUGGAGUUGAAAUGCGCUAUGAGAAUGAACGAGUGAGGCUUGAAACAAAAGUUGAAUCACGUGUUCAGCAGGCAGAGGCUAAUAGGAUGCUUAUCCUCAAGGCACACCGGCAAAGAAGGGCUUCUCUUAGAGAGAGAUCAUCUCAAUCAUUGAUGAGAAGGAUGGCUCGAGAGAGCAAAUAUAAGGAGUGUGUACGUGCUGCAAUUCACCAAAAACGGGCUGCUGCAGAAACAAAACGACUUGGGUUGCUGGAAGCUGAGAAGAAAAGGGCACAUGCUCGAGUCUUGCAGGUGAGGCAUGUGGCAAAGUCUGUAUCACACCAGCGUGAGAUUGAAAGAAGGAAAAAGAAGGAUGAGUUGGAAGAUCGAUUGCAAAGGGCAAGAAGACAGAGAGCUGAAUAUCUCAGGCAGAGGGGAAGAUUGCGUGGCUAUGUGCGAGAGAAUCGGAAUAGAAUGUCAAAACAAGCAGAAUAUCUUUCCAGAAAACUUGCAAGGUGCUGGAGGCGGUUCCUGAGGCAGAAAAGAACAACCUUUACCUUGGCAAAAGCAUAUGACGCACUGGGGAUCAAUGAGAAAUCUGUCAAGUCAAUGCCAUUUGAACAGCUUGCUCUGCUGAUUGAAUCAGCUUCUACUCUUCAGACUGUAAAAAUUUUACUUGACAGGUUUGAGAGCCGCCUAAAAGUGCGUACAGCAAUUGCUCCUACUAAUACUUUGUCUAGCUUGGAUAACAUUGAUCACCUUCUUAAACGAGUUGCUUCCCCAAAGAAACGGGGUACUCCCAGGAGUUCUGUGAGAAGGAGGGAGACAAAGAAAGUAGAUUCAGUCAGGGAGUCAAACAAUAGCAUAGCUAGGUUAUCAAGGUAUCCUGUGAGGGUUGUUCUUUGUGCUUAUAUGAUAUUGGGUCAUCCAGAUGCAGUUUUCAGUGGGAUGGGUGAACGUGAGAUUGCUCUGGCCAAAUCUGCACAAGAAUUUGUUCAUAUGUUUGAGCUGUUGAUAAAGAUUGUAUUAGAUGGGCCAAUACAGAGCUCUGAUGAAGAGUCUGUCUCAGCAGUCAUGAAGUGCUGUACCUUCAGAUCUCAGGUUGUUGCUUUUGAUAAAGCUUGGUGCUCAUACUUAAAUUGUUUUGUGGUCUGGAAGGUUAAGGAUGCUCGAUCACUAGAGGAGGAUUUAGUUAGAGCAGCUUGCCAGCUUGAAGCUUCAAUGAUUCAAACUUGCAAGUUAACUCCAGAAGGAGCUGGUGGUAAGCUUAGUCAUGAUAUGAAAGCUAUUCAGCAUCAGGUCACUGAAGAUCAAAAACUUUUGAGAGAUAAAGUGCAGCACCUGAGUGGAGAUGCUGGGAUUGAGCGUAUGGAAUGUGCACUAUCUGAAACAAGAUCUAGAUACUUUAGAGCAAAGGAUGACAGAAGCCCUUCAAGGUCUCCCAUGAAUCCGUCUAUGCCUGCAAGCCCAACUCCACUUUCUACUGUUGCCAGCUCUAGUGAAAGAAAUAUGUCAGGUGAGGGUAAUCAUAAGACAAGCCGUGUAGUUCGCUCUCUUUUUAAGGAGACACAUACUUCCCCUGGAGAGUCCAGCUUCUCUGCAACUAAAACCAGUUCAGAUAGUCAGCUCGGCAUGUCCUCUGAAAAGUUGGUAGCAGAGAAUGAAGUUCUUGUAAACGAGUUUCUUCAUGAUCAUCACCGAAGUGUUGCUGAUGGCUUUGAUGUCUCUGAUCACAUCCAAAAUAGUGUUGAGGGGAAAAUAAAACAGACUAUGGAGAAGGCCUUCUGGGAUGGUAUAAUGGAAUCUGUUAAGCAGGAGCAGCCCAACUAUGACCGGAUUGUUCAACUCAUGGGAGAGGUUAGGGAUGAAAUUUGUGAGAUGGCUCCAAAAAGCUGGAAGGAGAAUAUUUUUGAUACCAUUGAUUUAGAAAUUCUUUCUCAGGUGCUGAAAUCAGGUAAUCUGGAUGUGGAUUACCUUGGAAAAAUUCUUGAGUUUUCACUAGUCAAUUUGCAGAAGCUCUCAUCUCCAGCUAAUGAGGAGAUAAUGAAGGCUGCCCACAAGAAAUUAUUUAAUGAGUUGAGUGAAAUAUGUCAAUCUAGAGAUGAGUCAAACAAUUCAUGUGUUGUAGCCUUGGUGAAGGGUUUGCAAUUUGUCUUUGAAGAGAUUCAGAUUCUUAAGAAAGAGAUAAGCAAAGCACGUGUAAGAAUAAUGGAGUCCUUGGUUAAGGGGUCUGCGGGUUUGGACUACCUCAAGAAUGCCUUUGCUAACAAAUAUGGAUCUCCAUCUGAUGCCUGUACCUCUCUGCCUUCAACUUUGAGAUGGGUUUCAUCUGUUUGGAAUUGCAAAGAUCAGGAAUGGGUAGAACACGUGAGCUCCUCAUCAGCAUUGGCUUCUAAUUCAUCCCAAGAACGGCUUCCUUCAACUACUCUUAGAACAGGAGGAAAUAUUCUGCUCAAAUCAACUGGCAGUCCAAUGGCCUCUUCUCCUGAUGGUGCAAAUGCUAAAGGUAAUCAGCAGCCAGAAUGCAAUGGAGAACAAGUUGAUCUAGUUGUGAGGCUUGGUUUGCUAAAAUUAGUAAGUGGAAUUUCUGGUCUGACACAAGAUGAUUUACCAGAAACUUUAUCUCUCAACUUCACAAGGCUGAGGUCCAUUCAGGCUCAAAUUCAGAAGAUUAUUGUGAUUUCUGCGAGUGUUCUCAUUCACCGCCAGAUUCUCCUGAGUGAAAAGGUGGCAGCUAGCCCAGCAGAUAUGGAGAACUUAGUGUCCAAGUGUGCUGCACAACUCUUGGAUCUCUUAGACCGUGUUGAAGAUGCUGAUACUGAAAAUAUUGUGCAAGUGAUCUGCAAUUUGCCCACAGUUGAUGGUGAAGAUACAGGAAAACUUCAGUCAAGAAGAGCAGUUGCUGCCAGGAUGCUAGGGAAGAGCUUACAAGCUGGGGAUGCUGUUUUUGAGAGGGUGUUUAAUGCUGUCUAUUCAGCUUUGCGUGGAGUUGUGCUUGGAGGAAGUGGGGCCCAUGGGGGGAGGAAAUUAGCGGAAAUGGCUCUCAUGAAAGUUGGGGCUGGUGUUCUGACUCAAAGGGUAGUGGAAACUGCUGUUGUUUUGAUUGUGGCAGCCACUAUUUCGGUUAGUGUUCAUGGGCCAUGGUAUAAAUAUUUGACUGAUAACAUGUGAUAUAUUUGGCAAGUACAUUAAUAAUAAUAACAAUAAUAAUAAAUGCACACGUUUGUACAUAGAAGUGUGUGUAAGUUGUAAGCUGUGUAUCUUAGAUUUCUGUAGAGAUAAGUGAUAUUGUUUGUAGAGGAAUUCUUUUGAUGUAACGAACAAAAUGUAUAUGUGUCUGAACUAUUGAUGAUUAAAUUGCUAAUAUGUAUGAUUGGUCCUACAAGUUUCCUUUUCC